AUGACCAUGGUAUUGAUCGUGUUGGCACAAGUGAAGGCACUUGUUGAGAAAAAUCUGCUUAUUCUAGCAUAUCGUAGAGGCAUCAUAACCCUCAUUCGAGCUUUGGCAUUGCCCAUCGUUUGUAUAGUUAUUGUAUCCUAUAUUUCGCUACUAUCUCUUCCUCCUUCGAAAUACGGACUGGGAACUUCACAGCCUAUCAGAGACAUUACUAGCGAUCUUUUCGACCACACUGGUGCACGAAAACGAGUCGUCUUUAUCAACAAUGAUACCCAAAGCGAAGCUACUUCCACUAUAGUUGAGCGACUUUCCACAAAAUUCUCUGCUGCAAAGGCACAAGUUUAUCAUUUACCCAGAGAAGCGGACCUUCCACAAGUAUGUCAAGGCUCUCUUGCUGGGACCUCGAAAUGCUAUGCAGCAGUAAUUAUCCAAUCCUCGCCUUCUGGAGGGUCAGAUGCCAUCUGGUCGUACAGAGUCAUUAGCGAUUGGAACUUAGGCACCACUGCAUACGUGGAUCGUCUGAACAAUGAUCCACAGAUAUUCUCACUCCCACUUAUACACGCAAUUGAUAGCACCAUUGCCGACGUAACUGGCAUGCCAUUCCCACAGACGAUGCUGGAACUUCCUUUCACCGACGAAACGAACGAUUCGUACCAGAACCGGGCUCAUAAGCGCUAUAUGAGUAACCUGGAAACCACCUUGGCAGUGACCUGCUUUAUUGCAGUAUGUGGCAUCACUUUCCACCUCACUGGAUACGUCGCAACAGAAAGAGAACUUGGCAUGUCUCAAUUGAUCGAUGUCAUGAUGCUGAAGGAAGGAAAGCUUCAUGCAGACGUGGUGAGAGUGUUGUCAACUUGCUUUUCAUUCAUCGUGAUUUACCUUCCAGGGUUCAUUGCGGCUGGAGGACUAAUGGCAGGUUUGAUAUUUAAAAAUACCGCACCGUGGUUACUGGUCAUCUAUCAUAUACUCUUCUGUAUCGCGCUGGUGGGUUUCGCACAUUUAUGUGGAAGCCUUUUCCGACACGCACGGUUGUCUGGGAUCUCGAUCGUGAUAUUUUCAUGCGUUCUCGCAGUCCUGACUCAGUUUGUCAUACCAUCCAGCACGAUUGUUGUCGGUGUUCUUGUCGUGUUGGUUCCCCCAAUCAAUUUUGUUAGCUUUCUCAGGUUUGUUGCAACAUGGGAGCAGACAUUGGUUGGCGCGCAGCUCUCUGGAUACCCCGACUCCCGGUUCAUUCCUGUUCCUGGUUGGCUCUAUCUGAUCGGAUGUUUGGUGCAAAUUAUCAUCUUUCCUAGCCUUACAAUAAUCAUCGAACGCUCUCUGUAUGGCACUAGAGCUCUGAACAAAAUUGACGCCGAGGGUGACUUUGGAGCACUUGCAGUGAGAAUCCAAGACGUUUCGAAAUCAUAUACUUCUUCACGUUUUGGUCGACUGUUUGGUCGCAGGGCACAAGAAGUUCACGUUUUGAAGGGGCUGAAUAUGUCUGCUCGUGGAGGUGAAAUCACUUCCCUGCUCGGUAUCAAUGGUUCUGGCAAAAGCACCACGUUAAGAGCGGUCUGUGGAUUGGAGUCGACCUCAUCUGGCACCAUCGAGUUUAGAACUGGGCAGAGUACUGGAUAUUGCCCGCAACGAAAUAUCCUUUGGAACGACCUUACAGUCGAGCAACAUUUGAAGAUCUUUUCUAUGCUGAAAUCACCAAAUCAAAAGCUCAACGCCCAGGAUUUACGAAAACUCAUUAGCAAUUGUGACCUUGAGAGAAAGACUGACGCUCGUGCAUGCACGCUUUCUGGUGGUCAGAAGCGCAAACUGCAGCUAGCAAUGGCAUUCGUUGGUGGGAGUCAUUUCUGUUGUAUUGACGAAGCAUCAUCAGGGCUCGACCCAGUGUCUCGCCGACAUAUAUGGAAGAUCCUGCUUGCUGAGCGUGGUAGUCGAUCAAUCUUGUUCACAACUCAUGACCUUGACGAAGCCGAUGCUCUUUCUGAUCAAGUCUAUAUCCUAGUGAACGGCAAAGUCACAUUAAGUGGCUCGGUCGCGCAGCUGAAAGAACAAUAUGGCGGUGGAUAUGAGGUUAAGAUACCGCUUGCUGACGCACAGUCGGUCAAGCAAUGGCCUAAGCCUUUCGAGGUUGGCCAUGACGACCAGGAUUCCUCCAGACACUUUUUUCUCAAUCAACCAAAUCAAGUCGCAGAUUUUCUAGACUACCUUGAGGAACGUGAGAUCUUGGGCUAUGACAUCUAUGGUCCCACAAUUGAAAAGGCCUUCAUGGAUCAUGCUGGAGGGGACUCUGAAGUCCUUUCUUCCAGGAACAGUAUAACCAAUCUUGGUCUGCCAGGAACAAUCAAAUCUGCCACUGAGAGUGGUAUUGAACUUAGGACUCUCACAAGAGGGAACACCGACAACGAGCCUCUGCUUGAUUAUCAACAUCAACGUGCAGGACAUACUACUCAAGUCUUCCUUGUCGUGCGCAAAAGGAUCAUGGUCCUCCGACAUACAUUUCUCCCAUUACUCUUUGCAAUCCUCAUCCCAAUAAUUGCUAUUGCAGCAUGCAGCGUCACUUUCAUGCGUUUCUUCUUCAUGCCGACUUGCUCCAAUGACAGUCCUUCUAAUCCUGGAUAUAUUGACCUGACCGCUCUGGCAAUAGGCACAGGACUCAAUGUUCCCAUUGGCCCCUCCGAAAAGGUCAACAAGGACUCGAUCAGCUCCAUGCUAGGUCCUAUGGCUGCGUACGGAGCUGGCAUGAUACACAGCGUCGACUCGUUUCAAGAGUUCGAGUCUUAUAUUCACAACCAAUCCAACAGCACCAUCCCUGGCGGCCUCUACCUGGGCAACAAUGCUUCAGCCACACCAGUCAUGGCGUACAGGUUAAAUGGUGGAAUUCAAUAUUCGGCAAUGGCUAAAGGUCUGUUUGACGCAUACUUGAUGAACGCGACUCUCGAAGUUCAGCUCAGCAUUUUUGAUACUGCUGUGCGGACUGAUAAUGCCCAAUCAAUACAGUUCAUAGCCUAUUUUGGUCUCUCAAUGGUCGUCUUCCCUGCGCUCCUAGCCUUAUAUCCAAGUUUUGAGUGUCAGAAUGAAAUCCAAGCUCUUCAAGUAAGUAAUGGCAUACGGACGAGUACGGUCUGGUUGGGGCAUUUCAUUUUCGAUGGAACGAUUUCAAUCGUGGUCGCGACCGUUUGCACGAUUUUGUUUUAUGAGCUAUCGAGCGCAUGGCAUGCCCCAGGCUAUCUCGCUGCGACUUUCCUCUUUUACGGUCUCUCCUCAACACUUUACUCCUACGUUUGGGCUAAGAUCGUAAAAUCACCACUGAGUGUUUUCGCCAUAGCUGCUGGAAGUCAAGGCCUAAUUUUACUGCUCUAUAUCUUAUUAUAUUUCGUGAUCGGAUUCUUUGAAACAGAUCUGCAGCAUGGCUUGAACAUACUACAAUUUGUAGUUGGCCUAGUGAUGCCAUCAGCGAAUUUAGUUCGAGCGUUGCUGCUCACAUUGAACGCCUCAUACAUACUCUGCCGUGGUCCAGUGGUUGUUACCAGUCCAGGUGACAUCGCAGCAUUUGGCUCGCCGAUAUUGUAUCUGGUCGUACAGUGUGUGGCAUAUUUCAUUGUUCUCGUCCACCACGACUCAGGUGCUUUUUCGAAGCUCGCAUCACUUGUGGCAAAGUCAAGUUGCUUUCCCCGGUCAGAUGCUGAGAGUAGAUAUCAACGAACCCGGUCCACGGAUGUGCUUUCAGAGACCAAGAGAACCGAAUCAUCCAUGAGCGAUAGUCUCCGAGUGAUACACGUAAACAAAAGGUUCGCUCGACACACGCCCGUGCUCUCAGAUUUGACUUUCGGCAUUCAAGAAUCUGAGUGUUUCGCACUUCUCGGACCUAAUGGUGCCGGGAAGACGACCACAAUAGAUCUGAUAAGGGGACAUGGCCGGCUUGAUCCUUCGGACAAUGCACCAGAGAAGCUAUCACAAAGCGACAUUAUGGUGUGUGGUAAAAGCAUGGUAUCGAAUCGCCGAGCGGCGAUACAAUUGCUGUCUGUGUGCCCUCAAUAUGAUGCCAUCGAUUACCUUACAGUGAGACAACAUCUGAUCUUCUACGGCAGAACCGCUGGCAUACCUACAAACUCACUUGACAAUGUGAUAAAGAGCUUGUUGUCUUCACUCGAUUUAUCUCAAUAUGUGAAUCGUAUGGCAUCAAAACUCUCUGGGGGCAACAAGCGGAAGCUUUCGAUUGCCAUCGCGCUGAUUGCACGGCCGCGUCUAUUGAUUCUGGACGAGCCGAGUUGUGGAAUGGACGCUUUGAGCAAGCGCAAGAUGUGGAAACUUCUUAGUCAAAUACGACGAUCUCAAUUUGGAAGAAACAUGUCUAUUCUGAUGACGAGUCACAGCAUGGAGGAAGUCAGUGCACUUGCCGAUCGUGUUGGUAUUAUGCGAAAGACCAUGCUAGCUGUUGGUGAGAGAAAUGAACUCUGCAGCAGAUAUCAGGAUCGCUAUCACGUCCAUCUGGUGCUUCGCAAUACCGCAGACGGCCCCCAAAGUCCCAGCAAAGCCGGAGAAGACGACCACGCCACCAGAUGGGUCAAAAGCAUGAUUCCACAUGCAAGGAUCGAAAAGAUCUCUCUGAAUUGUCAGAUGAGUUUCUCAGUACCCAGAAUACACAGGUAUCUAUCUUUAGAAGGGCACCCUAGAGAAGAGGGCGACGGUCAACAUGUCUCUUUGGCAGCUAUCAUCAGACUACUUGAAGCAAACAAAGACAUUGUCGGUAUCGAGUACUACACUGUCUCCCAGUCGACCCUUGAAGAUGUUUUUAUCUCAGUAGUUGGGAUGGACGAAGAUUGA